AUGAUGGCGAGAAGGUCCUCGUCGCGGGGAGGGCAAGCCGGCGCCUUCCCCGCGGCCCUGUCCGCGGAGCAUCGCGGGAGCUUCCGCGCGGACGACGCCGAGCGCAAGGCGCACCACCCCUCCCUCCACAAGAUCCCCCGCGGCGCGCGCGUCGUUCUUUUAGCCGGCACCGUUGUAAUCACGCUCCUUGGUUUUGCCGCGUUUGCGCUCUCAGGGUCUUUCCGCCAAGCCCUGCUGAGUCAGCUCCGCCCAUCCUCCGCCAACCCUUCCGCGGACCUCGCGCUCGACGUCGAUUCCGGAGCUAUUGCCCGCGGGGAUGCGCAGAUGGCGGAGGAGGGAAACGGGGAGGUCCUCGCAGCGGAAGGGGAAGGUGAUAGCCCAGCGGAAGGAGAGGGCGGAGCGGAAGGGGGAGGCGGGACAGAAGGGGAGCAACAAGCGGAAGCGGCGCAAGAUGGGGAAGAGGGGACGCGCAGUAAUGAGGGCAGGCGGAGGAAGAACAGGGGCAAGCGGAGGAGGAGGCGGAGGGCGGUUCGGGGCGAUCGCGACAAGUGGGUUACCGAGUUACGGAAGAAGCCGUCGUGGCGAAUCGUCAGUGGCUUCCAGCAACUCACCUCAUCGCCGACUCAAACUCCCUCGCCUGUGCUCUCGUGGUCCGCCGCGCCUGCCACUUCUGGUGGGCAGCAGGUGGGCGGCAAGUGGGCGGUAGGUGGGCGGCAAGUGGGCGGCAGGUGGGCGGCGGAGGAAAGGUCGAAUAUGCUCUAG